AUGCCCAGUGCUGCGACGACGACGUGGAACUUCGAAGAGCCCGCGGCGAUUGUGCCGCGGGAGAACUUUUGGACCUUGGAGGAUCUUGAAUUCGCGCGAGUUCGAAUGGACGAAGUUCAAUUCGUGGACGACUCGGGCGAAGCGUUUAGGAUGGGCGGAGUUGGCGAAGCAACAUUCGAAUACGUAAGCGACGCCACGAGCGACGUCAGUGUCGUCGACGAAGCCGACGAAGCCGUCAAACCAGCGCGGGUGUUCGAAGCCAACGCGUAUUUGACAGAGUUUGGGCGAACCCAUGAUGACUUCGAGGGCCACCUCGUUUGGAUGCUGAACGCCGUAGCCACGAUGACGAUUGUGGCCGCUGAUGAACGAGGGUUCGCGCGCUACAAGGACCGCAUGCGCGAAGGCGAUCCAGGUUGGAUGCUCGACGUGGGGCACGUCGACCUGUGUGAAUGCGAGACGUUGCUGGAGUACAUUACCGUGUUCGUGUACUCGUUGCUGCGACCAAACGCGGGUCGGCAAAAUAAUCGGCGUGUGGGGUGGCCGACGACUGUGGGGGCCUUGGCCGGGUCUUUGGCUAAUAUUGCCUUGGCCCGUUGGUCGAUUUACGGGCGUCUAUCCGCCGAGCUUGUCGCGCGGAUCGCUGUUCGCGCAGGAACACGGGGUGAAUGUGAGAUGAACCGUCUGCGACGGCAAGCUGUCGUCCGCCCUUCGUCCAUUUCGAUUGCACCACCUGUGGUGCGGUCGAGUGCAGUGUAA